AUGGCCAAACAUUAUCAGUCUUUGUCGGCACGACCUCGGGCUGCGCUUCUCUUACUAUCGCUCCUGAGUCCCUUCCCUUUCACAGUACUGGCACAUGCAUCCUCCGUGCUACCGUCGCCCCAGAUCUCCAUAUCAGACGCCUUUCUGCCUUUAGUAGCUCCUCGCGCUGCCAACGAGGCAGAGCCACCCAAAGCUCUAGGCAACGACAUUGACGACCACUCGUGCGGCCCGAACCGUCCUUGCAGGAACGGUGCCUGCUGUGGCGAGAGCGGAUGGUGCGGCUACAGCCCCAAGUAUUGCGGCACCGGCUGCCAGUCAAACUGCGACGCCAAGGCAGAGUGUGGUCAGUAUGCCGCUGUCCCUGGAUCAACUUGUCCGCUCAACGUUUGCUGCUCUGAAUUUGGCUUUUGUGGCACAACACAAGAUUUCUGCAGCGGCGGGUGCCAGUCCAACUGCCCACAGCCAAAGCCAUCCGUUUCGCCUUCGAAUGUUCAGAAGCGUGUCGUUGGUUACUGGGAAGCAUGGAACUCGCAGCAUCCAUGUGGUACCAUGUCUCCUGGCGAAAUCCCCGUCAACUACCUCACGCAUCUCAACAUUGCCUUUGGUUAUAUUGACCAUGGCUUCCAUAUUACCAACAUGGAUGGGCUUUCCACGGAUGUCUACCGUGUUGUUGGCGAGAUCAAGGCUCGUAACCCUGCGUUGAAGAUUAUGAUUGCGCUUGGUGGCUGGACAUUUAGUGACCCUGGACCCUGGCAAAGUGUCUUCCCUACUAUGGUUUCUUCCAAAGAGAACCGUGCUACUUUUAUCAACAAUCUGCUGAGCUUUCUUGUAGAGUUUGGCUACGAUGGCGUGGACUUUGACUGGGAGUAUCCUGGCGCUGACGACCGUGGUGGCUCCAAAGAUGAUGCCAAAAACUACAGCUUACUACUCGAGGAGCUCCGUGCAGCUAUCAAGGCUAGCGGUCGUGACUUUCUCGUCACCUUUACUGCGCCUACAUCGUACUGGUACCUACGCCAUUUCGACCUGCCCGGCAUGGUGCCUCAUGUUGACUGGAUCAACCUCAUGUCCUACGACUUGCACGGUCUUUGGGACAGCAGCAACCCUAUCGGAAACCAUGUUUUGGCACAUACAAACUUAACCGAAAUCGACCUGGCUCUGGACUUGUUUUGGCGAGUAGAUAUCAAACCCCAGGACAUCGUGCUUGGUUUGGGCUUUUACGGCCGUUCGUUUCACCUUACUUCGCCAUCUUGCUGGAAGCCGGGAUGCUUGUUCGAUGGACCCGGUGAUGCCGGUCCCUGCACUGGCACACCAGGUAUUCUAUCAUUUCGUGAAAUCCGUACCAUCUUGGAGCAGACAGGUGCCGAGUCCUACCUGGACGAGCAGGCAGCGGCUAGGUACCUGGUCUAUGGCAAUGGUAGCUGGAUAUCAUUUGACGAUCAGGUUACCAUCAAAGCCAAGAUCGACUUUGCGAACAAGCGCGGGCUUUCCGGUCUGAUGAUUUGGGCUGUGGAUUUGGACGAUUCCCAGCUAAGUGCUAUGCGCGCCGUGUCCGAUCCGUCCUUGGUCGGAGGAAUCAACGCCCCGUUCACGCUUGUUGACCUGGACAAACUCUUCCCAGCAGAAAUCCUGCCACCAAAGGGCGCCAAGACAAACUAUGGCCUGUCAACGUUUGGCGGUAGCAUCAUGGACCCAGCAUCGUCCUCCUUUGGCUUCGUCCUUGUUGCGGGCGACUCUCAUGUCAUCACUUCUUUGCGAAAGCGCACUGGGGAGCCAGAACCAUUUGCUUUUAUUAAUUGUCCAACCCAAAUGUUCCCUGAUGAUCGCGAGCAACAGUAUACGGCUCGUGUAGCCUGUCUCACUGAUGACCUCGAGGGUUGCUUUGCCUUGAUGGAACGUGGUGUUGAGGGCACCCUCGUUGAGAUGCCCGACAAUUGUGGAGCAAACAAAAUUGCUCGUGCCAUCUCUCUGAAGACAUCCAAGGACCAAACAUUGCCUGCUGAACUUGGUGAGAAAUCACUCUACUCGGAGAUACUGGACUUUACAUUUGAUUUCAACAUGGGCUUGAUGCGUCGUGAUUCCAACAACACCAGUGUUCGCAUGGAUUAUUCCAACGUUCGAGGCUACUGGAAGGAAGCAGUUGAUUCCCCUGGAAUCCAGGCGCGCGACAUUGGCAACCACAAUCUCAAGAACAGAUUCUUCUCGCCUGAAAAUAUAAACUGGGAUGAGCUAUACCAAAAAGAACACGGUUCUGGAGUCACGUUUGAGAGAGACGACUCCUCAAAGGUUAAGAAGAGCCUAUCCGAGCCGCUCUUUUUCAAAACUGCUGACAAUUGCCCCGUGGCUGGUUCUGAAUUCACCGAAGGUAUCGCCGCUUGGGUACGCGGUGACAUGGAUGUCAAUUUCUUCUACGGGUUUAGUAUGAUUGCUGUCGUAGACUCGCGCGGCCACUUUGAUGUCAAGCAGUCCCACGGAUUUGUCAAAGUCAGGGGAACGGCGGACAUUACAGCAAAUGUAGCCGGAAUAGGCGAGCUUAAUCUUGUGACGCCCUUCUCAGAAGGCAAUGUCAUCCAUCAGGAUGGUCAUCUCCUCACUGCGCAGGGCGUGGUGGGCUUUGUCUCCUUCCAGCCGUACUACUCCACCAAGACGUCCAUCGUCACCAAGCCCAACGAUCCCGACGUAUACUACAGUGGUACUGUUGAUUUUAAUGGCAGAAUGUCGGCGCGUAACGUCGUUGACUUUAGCGGCGUCCGCGCCAACUUCCCCAUUGACGAGAAGCUCAAAUUCGAUGACCAGCAAGACACAUUCCCCAAGUCACAGUUUGAGCCAGGCAAGGACGACAUUCUCUAUGACACUCCUGGAAGCGGUGGUAUUAUUUCCAUCGAUACCGCUCUCACGUUCGGCCUUCAAGUGGACUACAGCCUCUUCGAUGACCGCGUACACAUUGAAAAGAACAGUCCUAGGAUGGAACUCCAAUAUGACGUCGGAACCGUGCUAGCCUUCGGCCCAGAGAAGAAGGGAGGCACAUCAUCAUGUGCUAACUAUUGGACAACUACCUUUGUCCAACAACACCAAAUUCACGGAAACAGAAUUGGCUGGCACACCAGCGAUGAUGAUUUCACAAUGCACGAAUUCGCAGCGGCCAGUCAAGCACCUACGGCGGCACAGAAGUGCUGGGCUAGUAUGCCUCUCAGACGCGCCGAGCCGAUGACGCCGGCCGACUUUCAAGGAAACAUCUCUACGGAUUCUCGCAUUCCUGAGCCAGAUACUGCUUUGGACGUUGUGCCUGAGCAGCUUCACACCCUGAUGGAGCGACAGCAUGUCAGUCUCCUCCCUGGUUGGGGACUUCCGGAUGACGCGACACCUGACUUUGGCUUCUUUAUUAAGGAAGACAUUGACAGACAAGUAUUCCUCAAACAUCGGCCAACCAACAUGGGCUAUGGUGACUCUGGCUGUCUUGGUGUCGAAAUAGAUAUUGAGAACAGACCGCCGUGCUGUGGUUGCGCCAACCUGGCCUGGACAUAUGCCGAAUCCGAUAUGGCCGACUGUCCCUUGUGCUCUUACAUGGGAGUUGCCGAAUGGCGCAGCUUCAUCGCCACAGGAGCGCACAGUCGCCGCGAUUCGAUUGGCGGAGGUGAAGAUGUGGACGAUGACAAUGACGCGCUCGACGAGAAUGAAUUUGACAGGCGCGGCAUAGGAGAGGCAACGCUAUCCCCCAAAGUAGUUAAAGUCUGUGGCGCGACAUACAGACCCAAGAAGAACGCUCGUUAUCCAGCAUUCCCCAAGAACCCUGGUUGGCCUUGGGACGGCAUUGAAAAUGGUAGAUGGGACACCAUCUCCAAGUAUUGGGGCAAUUCCUCUGCUUCCUGCACCAAUUGGGGUGCAAGUGGCCUUCCUAGUCAUGACAAGACGUACAUUCCCCGCACCGGCUUUACGUCUGGCGGUUGGGUACGCGCCGACUACCAAACGGAGCAUGUUUUCGAGGGACAGCUGAUUGGUGAUUUCUUUGACGAGUGGCUUGACAAAGGCCGUAUUCGAAACCAGCUUCCUGUGCCUGCUGGAGUUACUGGUCCCAAAAUUCCUUGCUUGUGGACCAAGCAAUACAUUGAGGCCGUGCCGAAGGCUUCACCUUGGGUGAUUAAUGGUAGGCCCAGCAACUUCAUGUACAUGCUCCUCGAUGAGCUCGGCAACAUCAAGCACCAAGAUCGUCUGACUAUAAUGCAAUCCAGGCCAAACGGCAAGAAGGGUCGAGUAAGUUGAGCCAAGAUACAUUAUCCCUCCACCAGUAACCAUGUAGCUAACAAGGAACUUAGAUCUUCACUGGCACCCAAAUUAUCGACCCUGACAAGUUUGAAAAGAUGAACGAUGACCAGCAGCUCCAGAAUCUUAAGGAAAUUGGUGUUGUUUUCAACUACAUGAAUGAUCCCACCGUCUGGGAAAAGUUCUGCGAUACCUAUGAGGCGCUGUAUGAUCUCUUUGGCAAGUUUGACGCCUGGUAUCUUGCCAACGGCCAGGGACUUACGGUGCCGCCGCUUCAGGCUGAAUGGAAGGAAUACAUUCGUAUAGUACUUGAUUCCGCCUCACUGCGAACGCAGGCACAUUUUGACGUGCUCUACAGUCGAAGAAGGUAUGCAAUCACAUUUACUGUACUCUUUGUCAACAUUUAUCCUUUGCUAACAACUAUUACCCCUGGCCAUAGGUCGCCUUUCAAUAUCAACUGGGCCCCCAAGUGGCUGGCGCUCAUUAUAAACAGGCGCCAGCUAAAGCUUCCUCUCACUUGCAACAACCUCGAUGCGACUCGAAUCUAGAUAUGAUAAGACUCUUACGAGAACAAGCGUCUCACCAGGGCAAAGAUGAACAUAAUUAGUAAGACAAUCCAUAUUAGCUAUUGCUAUUCGUCCCAAUCCAUAUAGCCGUAAUAUCCCUGCUCUUGCUGCGUUUCGUCGUCUGCAUAUGGCCUACGAUGCUCCGGGUCGAGCCAGUCCCAUUCAACUGCACCCACGCCGUGCUCGGCAUAGUUUGCCAUGACCCCCAUGUCGCUGCUGAAGAACGGGUUGGGCCCAUUCUGGUAGAGGAAGGCGUUGACCUGGUUGUCUACAGUGACUACUAGCGUUGGCCUGUCGUUUGCGUCUGGCGGCACCGAGAUGACGACACGAGGUCGUGCGUCAAGCGCACGGUUGGCCCAGUCGAGACGCUGGCGCAUCUGCUCGAGGAGGUCUCCGUAUGUGCCUCUCUGUAAAAACAUGAGAAAGUUGAGCUCGACCCGUGCUACGGACUGCGGCAGCACGCCAAGCAAGUCCACCAGGUCAGACGUAAGGACUAGGAACUUGGUAAUCCCGAAGAAACGCAGAUUUGACCACGUGUCCACCGGGAAGAGCGAUCUCAGGGGUAAAUGGUGCUCGUCCAUGUCCUCGUCAUCCUCGUCUAGCUGGGCUGCCUCGCCAGACAUAUCCAUCUCAAGACUCGUAGAGAAGUGGAAGUGCUCAAUAUCUUUAGCAGCCGAUAGAGUAGAAUAUAAUUUUCCUGAGCGAAGCGGCAUAAAGCCGUCAUGUUCAAGGCCGUUGACAAAUAGGGCUAGGUCAAGGCGACGGAAGCCCUGUCUGGCGCACAACUUGGCUAAAUUGGCCUGCACAGAGCUCUCGUCGCAGACCGCAUAGCAGUUGAUGCCGGUAUCAAAUCCGUGUGUAUCCACGAUGAAAUCGGUAAUGUUAUUUUUGCAAUCCUCUAACGUCUGGAGUAUUUUGCUAUAGCCACUCCAGAUGCCGUCGUUGCCAUUCCAAGGCUGGACCUCUGGUUGAUUGUUGCCAGGAUCGCAGUACGGCCAUGCGUAUGGGAUGGGGUAGAUGAGAUUCUCUGGGAAGCUGCGUAUCUUUGGUGUCUGGUAUGCAGGCAUGAAGAGCUUACCAUGCGCCGUCGGGGUAAUGGUGAUUGUUCGCAGGGAUGGAAAAUGCUGCAGUGCGUAUCGAAGUGCCUCAAUGUCGGAGCCAGACUGGAGCACUUGCUCCUGAUCCACAAGCAAUGCUUUAUAAAAUUCCCAACACUGGUCCAAAUCCCACGCGGCGCGUAGAAGGGUGCGCUUGCGCACAUGUUGCGGUAAAGGGCCGUCCCGGCAAGGCGUAUCUUUGAGGUCCUGGAUGCUGCGCUCGCAGCCUCUUCGAAACCAUCCAGGGCAAGUGCCGUCAGCAGCUUCAUCGUCAGAGUCAUCGUCGUCAUCAUCGUUGGAAUAUGGGUCGAAUCGCCGCGGCUUCGUCACAAGGCGAGCGUCAUCCCACACGAGCUCCUCAACAUCGUUGCGAUACGACGGGCUGUCAGCAAUGGCACGCAGCACAGUAAUAUCGCGCGAGCUGGCCGACAGAUAGACCCUUUGACAGUGUAGUCGAUACGCACGGCUGCAAGCAGUCGAUGCGAGGCGCGUACUCUUUACAUCGACAGGCGGUAGGCUUGACUGAACCAGAGCGUGAAUUUCGCGAGGAAGGGACUCGAAUGUGAUCCCAGUGGCUGCCAUUUUUUUCGCUCUAAGGAUUUGCAAUAGCAAAUUUCCGGAUGGUGGUGUUGAUGUAGGUGAGAGAAAGGCAUAGUUGAUAAAGUGGGCGGGCUAUACGGUGGCACCUUAGUACCACGCUGAAAAAUCAUGCAAAUAAAUUUCAAAUUCAACCAUAGUACUACUAAAGCUACUAUAGCAAGACCGCUAAAUCCACUAAGUACGCUCACUAUAAAGUAAAAAAGCACUCACGAACUUUAUUACAAAAAUGUAUAACUUAACGUGGUUCACGGGCGAGCGCUGCACUUCGCGUCAUUCUUUAAUUGAUCAACUUCAACCCGUAAUUCCACAACCAGCAAUAAUGGGAAAGGCCUUAAAUAAAGCCGAUGCUAUUUCAGCUCUACAAGCAUUAGAGCAAGAUCCAAAAUUAUCUAUUCGAGAAGCUGCUCGAAUCUACGUCUCCAAUCGUACAAUCCGCCGCCGACGCAACAAAUUUCCUAGUCGAGCCGAUACGACUCCAAAUUGCCGAAAUUUGUCAGAUGAAGAAGAAAAUACUAUAAUUGAAUAUAUUCUUGAUCUAGAUUCUCGAGCUCAGCCUCCUCGCUUGCGUGACGUUGAAGCUAUGGCGAAUCGCUUAUUGGAGCUACGUCACGACAUUCCAGUUGGACGGAACUAGGUUGCAAGCUUCAUCAAACGACACCCCGAAGUCGUCACGCGUUUAUCACGUCAAAUCGACUAUCAAAGAGUCCAAUACGAAGAUCCAGAUAAAUAUCGAGCCUGUUUUGAGCCUGUGAAGAACACAAUCGCGAAACAUGGUAUACACGAAGCGGAUAUUUAUAACUUUGACGAGACCGGCUUUGCAAUAAGCGUGAUUUCAUCAGAAAUAGUUAUAACAAGCUCAGAAAGGUCUCAAAAGGGGCGCAAAGCACAGCAGGGGAAUAAACAAUGGGCGACUUUGAUUGAAUGCAUCAGCGCAGAUGGCUACGUGAUUCCACCUUUUGUGAUUAUUGCUGGCAAAACCUACCUCUCAUCCCGGAGAGCUUAGAAUGGCUGUAACAUUUCAACAAACAUACAUGUAUUAGAAAAAAAUCGAGAAACCGACUUCUAAUACUCGACGGACACAAAAGCCACCAAUCCUUCGAUUUCCAAGCAUACUGCACGCAAAACAACAUUAUUACAUUAUGCAUGCCAGCUCAUUCAUGUCAUAAACUUCAGCCGCUAGAUGUUGCCUGUUUUCGACGACUCAAGCGAGUAUACGGUGAUGCUAUUAGCGAUCUUACACGCGCGCACGUCACCCAUAUUACCAAGGAAGAUUUCUUCCCAGCACUUUACACAGCACACAAGACUGUCAUGACUGAAUCAAAUAUUCGUGGAGAUUUUAAAGGAGCUGGGCUUGCUCCAUUCAAUCCAGAAUAUGUCAUUUCACAACUGGAUGUGAAGUUCUCGACACCUUCACCUCCUAGGUCAUCGGAUGGGCUCGAGCUACCCUGGCUUCCUAAAACACCUAGCAACGCAACCGAAGCUCUAUCGCAAACAGAAUAUAUUGAAAACAGAAUCCGAAGCCAUAGAAGUAGCUCAUCAACUGAAAUUAUCGAACAUUUGAAUCAAAUUGCGAAAUGUACGACUAGUAUGAUGCGGAAGAAUGCUCUCUUAGAAGAUGAAAACCGCAUGCUACGAGAGGCUAAUAACCGACUUUCACGCCGAAAACGCAUCACAAAAAGACAACUACAAAGUGGAGGAACACUUAUAGUAGACUUUGGCAAAAAUCUAUUCUCUCAAACCCUUUCUAGGGUAAAAAGAGAACGCGAUGAAGUUGAAAGUACAGGUCGACGGAAGCGGGUGGAAACACGGCGCAGACGCUGUGGAAAAUGCGGCGAAAUAUGACAUAAUUCCAGAACAUGUGAAAAUGAAGUGGAAGCCAUUUCUUCAGAUAGUUCAGAUUAGAGUUUUUAUUCUACGUAUUAUUUAGUCAUGUUGUAUAUGGUUUUACACACGAAGGUCGAGUAAGGUGGCCCACUCGCC